AUGUGCUCACCAUCACCUGGUAAACGUCGAAUAGAUACCGAUGUGAUUAGACUAAUCGAAUCAAAACAUCAAGUUACGCUUAUGUCGGGUUUAAAUGAGUUUAUGGUGAAGUUUGCUGGUCCUCGUGAAACUCCAUAUGAAGGUGGUGUAUGGAAUAUUCGAGUUGAUCUUCCUGAAAAAUAUCCAUUCAAAUCGCCCUCCGUCGGCUUUAUGAAUCGAAUCUUUCACCCAAACAUUGAUGAAAUGUCCGGUACUGUUUGUCUCGAUGUGAUUAAUCAAACAUGGACGCCCAUGUAUGAUCUUGCUAAUAUUUUUGAAUCUUUUCUUCCACAAUUACUCGCCUAUCCAAAUCCGGUGGAUCCGUUAAAUGGUGAUGCUGCUGCUUUAUAUCUUCACAAGCCUGAUGAUUACAAGAAGAAAGUUAAAGAAUAUGUCCAACGUUUUGCAACUGCCGAUAUGGCUGAUAGUUUAUCAUUAUCAAUAAAUGGUCAGUCAUCGUUGAACAGUUCAUCAUCGACUAGUACCUCGAAUCAAACGAAUAAUUCGACGAACUCGAAUCAAGCAACUAAAAACGAAUCCGAUGAUGAAGUUCUAAGUGAUUUUAGCGAAGAUGAAGCUGCCGAUAUGGACUUAGAAUAA